AUAAGUUAGAAAAUUGCUUUUUAAGCCCCAUGGAUUGCUCUCAAACCCCCCUAAAAUCCCAAAAUACCCUCGCAAUUGAAACCAGUUUCGUUUGGUAAAUACAACCCGAAAGUAAUUUCGUUCGGUAAAUACGGGACGAACACUCUUGGGUUCGGUAAUUACGUGACGAAAACGCUGUGGUUCGGUAAAUACGUGCCGAACGGACGUGAGAUACAGUUUUAAACACAAAACAUCUCAUUAGUUACGAUAAUCACAAGUGUUGAAGGUGGAAGGGCGAUUCUCUAGGGUUUAGGGUCGCAAAUUCGAAGGCAAGAAAGAAGAACAAGGUGAAAUUCGUUGACAACAAAUCAUUCAUCACCAACGGUUUGGAUUGCGUUUUUGGAUUCUUUCACUUCAACAAGAAUGACAGAUGAUGUUGGGCGAACAAGAGGUGGAAGGGAAAGUAGAGCACAUGGCUCUGCACGAAGAGAGGCUGCGAAGGGCUCUGCACGAAGAGAGGCUGCGAAGGUACAUAGAAACACAAGACAAACUAAGGGGAAAAGUGUUAUUGUAGAGCCUGAAUCUGAAGAUGAGAAUGUGGAGGAACAACAGUUUGAGGAUGAGCAUGAAGUGGACAUAGGGCAACAGGCGUCUGAACACGAAGAUGAGCAGGAAGUCGAAGAUGAGAUGGAAGUUGCUGAUGAUGUGGAAGAUGAGAUGGAAGUUGCUGAUGAUGUGGAAGAUGAGAUGGAAGUUGCUGAAGAACAAACACCACCACCACCAGAAAAAAAAUCACGUAAAAAGAAUCCGAGAACAACACAAGGAAGAAACCCACCACCUGUAUCAGAACCACCAGUUACAUCUUAUGAUGGUGGUCCAAAGGAGUUGUCGUUGUUGCCCGGAUUUGGGAAACAUGUUGCUGUCGCGAUUUGGAGAGGAGAUUGUAAAAAUCGGUACUUGAGGUGCAUGAACAACGGAAAGAAAAUGAACGACUUCGAUUUACCAAGAAGAGGAGUUCGGUGGUUUUGGGACGUUGUUGAUGCUACUGGACUUCGACCGCUGUUGAAGACAAAUUACAAUCAUCUUGACUGGGGUCUAUUGACAGCAUUUACAGAGCGAUGGCAUCCGGAGACCGGUACUUUCCAUCUGCCCAUUGGUGAGAUGACCAUAACCCUGGAUGAUGUGUCUUGCUUGCUUCACAUUCCGAUUACCGGUAAAAUGCUCAACCACCUUGGAACGUCAUGCACAGUUGAAGAAGGUGAAGAUAUGUGUUACGAGUACCUAAACUUCUCAAGAACUGAAUGCAGAAAGGAAUUUAAAAAAAUGAAAGGAGCACAUAUUGGGUUUUUCAUGCUGGAUAAGAUAUAUACGGAAAAUAUGAAAGCUGUGGUGCGAGCUGAAAAAAAAAAGAUGCCGGAUGAUAAAGUGCAGCAUUUGAGGGAAUGCACGAUUAGAUCAUUUUUACUGUACUUGCUUGGUGCAACACUUUUCACCAACAAAAGCAUGCAGUAUGUAGAUGUCAUUUUCCUGACAUACUUGCAAGACCUAAGUUUGGUUAAUACAUGGAAUUGGGGUGCUUCUGGGUUGGCUUAUAUGUAUAACUACUUGGAUGCUGCAAGUCGCCCGAGAUGUGGAAAUCUUGGUGGUUACAACGCCAUGUUUCAUGCAUGGAUUUUGUCGCAUUUCGAGAGGUUCGGAUCGCGAUAUGUUGACACUAACUACAGCCAUAAUGAUCCAAUUGCGGCCAAGUAUUAUCCAUUUAAAGGUGGAAAAUGUCCAACUGAGCAUAGGACCACAUUGGAUCGGAUGGAGGUUGAUGAGGUAACGUGGCGCCCAUAUGAGGAUCACAGACAAACACGCCCAUUUGAAGAUAUUAGUUGGUACACCGGCUGGAUUAUGUGUGGAACCGCUAUGAUCUCUCCAUAUUUGCCAGAGCGUGUCCUCAGGCAAUUUGGACAUGUGCAGUCUAUUCCCAGACAUCCAGAUGUUUCUGCAAAGGCUGGUAUGACUCGGUUUAGUAUUGCUGAAGCAUUUGCUGAUUAUUUGGUUGCUAACUAUGUCACAGAGGAAAUGCGUGGCCCGAGAGCACAUAAUGGCUUUGAGACCGUUGACGGAUACAUUGCUUGGUUUUAUCGUGUCUCGCAUCCGAAGUUAUGGGCACCAAUUGAUGGGAACCCGAAAAGACCUGCCGAUUAUGAAGUAUUGCUUGAGGAGGACAUUGCUGCAGAAAAAUGUGACGUGUUUGAAAUUUGUAAGACGGUGCACGCAGAGGUGAGGGAAAAGCUUGAUGGUGACUUGACAUUCGAGGAGGCAAAGGAGCUACUUGAAAAGGUUUACAAUGAUUUGACGCCUGUGGUGACAUAUUCUGUGCGACGAAGGAAAAAGGCAGACUCGGGUGAAGGAAAAAAGCGAAAGAGGAAGAAGAAACGUUCAGGAGAGGAGGCUGGAGAGGAGGCUGGUCCAAGUAGUCAUUAGGAACAAAGGACUUUAAUGUAUGUCUGGGUUGUAUUUUGUAUUUUGAACAAUUGGACUUUGUAUUAUGUACGACUAAAUUUAUGUCUUGGUUGUAUUUUGAACAACGGACUUUGUAUUUUGUGCGACUAAAUUUAUGUCUCGGUUGUAUUUUGAACAAUUGGACUUUGUUUUUUGAACAA